GAACUUUAAUUUCCGCAUCGAGUCAAUAAGAAGCUAAAUGCUAAGAUUAGAGGACAAGGAACAAUUAAGACUCAUGGAAGAAAGUGUUGGAAAUGUUAAGAAGAACUGUGUAAAAUGGCAAUGUUCUAGUGCUGUCAGAGCGACGCGAAUGUCUAGUAAUGUCAAGUUCAGCAUUAUAAUUAAAAGUUGACGCCCAAAAUAAGUUUUAAAGCAAACAACGCGUUGAUAUAGCAUGGAACUGACCAGAAGACCCCAGGAAAAUUUCCAGGCCCAAGAAAACAGGUGAACAGGUGUUCCUCAUAAGGCUACCAAAAUGUCUCUAAUCGGCUGGCAGUAUUGGAUAGGAAAGAUCAUCCGAAAGUUUAAAGGUAUAAUAAAAUGUGUCGAUAUGCAAAAGAGGCGGAGUCAUCCGGCAAAGGCUGUGUCAUACUUUGUAUGUAAAUACUCUCGUUUCUCUCUUUGUAGACGAAAGUCUAGCAUGGAACCCAAUAAAAUAGUGAUGAAAAGGGAAUGAAGACCAAUAGGAAGGAUAACUUUGCCAAUGUUGAAACACGAAAUAAGCAUGAAUGGGUAUUUGCUCUUGAUGAUUUAAAUAAACAGAAAGGGAGACAAUCCUUACAAGACUUUCAAACUUUAAAAUUUUCAUAUACCCUGUAUUCGCCUGAUCUAGAUUUCAACCGAGGUUGCACAACUUUUCAUGUGACAAAUGCGUGUACAAAGUCCCGGGAAAGGCGCCGAAGGGAACAUGAAUGCAGUUGUACUCGUAAUUUUGUGGUAUUUUAACAACCGAUUGAGUCGCGUUGAGAAAGAUAUUGGAGCAAUCCUUGAACAGCGUAAUGCACAAGUUGAAAACCACAAAACUGGAGUUCCUCCACCUUUGAUGGGGACAGAUGUAGUGGAACAUAAAUUUCAAAAAGAAGACACAAACAGUAUUAGCAUAGAAAGCACCAGGAGGAAAAGAGCAGCUACCCGGAAAAAGAAAAAAGGAAAGAAGUGCAAGGUAGACAGAACGGGGGUUCGAAAGGGGCGAACAGUUUCCCAGCACACUCCUCAUUUUUAUCUCAAAGGCCAGGGCAGACGAGGACGGGCAACAGAGAGUGGAAUUUUUAUUUGGAAACGUCCUGCAUACAGACGCUUUGAUGAUGCUGACGAUUUCUCUCAAUCAGACAGUAACCACGCCGACGGAUCCUUCAAAAAAGUCAGAAUUCACCGUACUGGCGUGUACUAUGUGUUUGCAAAAGUGACCGCUAAUGGUAGAUCACGACUAAGCUCCAGUGACCAGCCUCCAAUGGGAAUCGUUUUAAAGAAAGAAGGAAUAGGUGGACCCGAAGAUCUUGAUUUCUCCUGGGUUACACAAGAUGAAAAGGGACAAGAUUACGGUAUGGCCGCUCACACAUCGGAAGACGCGAACUAUCCUAUAGAUACCUUAGAGAUAUCAGGACUAUUUACACUAAGUGAAAAUGACCAAAUUUAUAUACAGGUGCCAGCAGAAACGAUUAACUCAAGACAUGACCGCUUUUUGAGCGGGGAAGUGAGAUCGCGCUUUGGGGCUUUUCUCGUUGAAGCAAGCUCAUUUGGCUGAUAAGGAACUGACUUCUUCAAAAAGUAAAAUAAGAUCAUUGACGUGUCGUAGCUGACAAUGGAUCAUAAUUAUUAACUUUUAGAUAUGAUUAGAUUUCUUUUUUCUAAGAUAACUCACAAUAUAGUUGUAUGAAAAGCAAGCACAAAGAUGUUCCUGUUUGGAAUCACAUAAGUUAUUUUGAAUAGAUAUGUUUAUGAGAUUGUAUACGUACAUAAACAUGACUUAAACAAUUAAGCCGAGGUAUACGACGGCAAAACAUAACAACAUACUGUACUUUAAAAUGAAAAUGAAAAUUCCUUUAAGUUCACCAAAAUGUUGAAAUUUUGUCCGGCAUUUAGCCGAAUUUUUGUUAUACUUAAACCGAAGUUCGAACAGGGACAUGUAUAAGCUAUUUAUAAGCCAUAUAUGUGUAUAUGUAUUGAGAGAAACAUAUAAAAAGGUUGAAUGAAGAUACAGAUAGGAGAAAUUCUUAUCAACAAGCUGAGUAAUGUAAGAUUUUUUUGAAUGAAUAUCGUAUACAGUUUGGCAUAUACUAGUUGUAAAAAUAGUUGUUGUAAAUAUCAUUUGAUUUUAACAGUGAUGUUGGAAGGGAGGUAAUCCAUCAUUAGAUAUAUAACCUGUUAUUUUAUGUUAUAAUGAUAUGUUAGUGUUAAAGUGGAUUGGUAUGAUAUGAUGCACAUAUCUUUUCAUAAGUAUUUCAAAUAUUGAUAAAAAACAGUAGAAAUAUAUCAUUUUGAUAUUCUUAUGAAAUAUGACUGGAAAAACAAAUGUUGGUAGAGUUCUAAAAUGAUUUAUUAUGAACAUCUAUAUGAUGAAUAAUACUAUUUUGUUUUAGAACACUUUUUUAUCUGCUUUAUAUUUGAGCCGCGUCACGACAAAACCAACAUAAUGGGUUUGCGACCAGCAUGGAUCCAGACCAGCCUGCGCAUCCGCGCAGUCUGAUCAGGAUCCAUGCUGUUCGCUAUCCGUUUCUGUACUUGUUAUAGGGUUUGUAAUCGAACAGCAUGGGUCCUGAUCAGACUGCGCGGGUGAGUAGACUGGUCUGGGUCCAUGCUGGUCGAAAACCCAUUAUAUUGGUUUUGUCAUGGCGCGGCUCAAUUAUAUGUCAUAUCGGAUUAUGUCUCAAACAUUUACCAACAUCUAUAUGAAAUUCUUUUUUGAUUUCACGUAUGAAACUGAAUACUAUCAACAUAAUUAUUACAGACCAAUUCACUGUUUGAAUGUUGUUCAAAAUAUCUUCUUUUGUUGUCAUGACUGAUAUAGGGCGUUAACUGUGCAUAUUUUUUUCAUAUGUAAAUAAACAUAUCUUGUUGUAUAUGUGAUUGUUAUAUGUAUGUACUCUAGUUACAAUAUCAAAAUUCAAUGCAAUGUUGUUAAAUAUUUGAAGUAUUUUUUACACGAAUUAUAACUAGAUUGAAAUGUACAAGCAUCGAGAUAAGUUAAACAAAUGCUUAACAAAUAUUCUUUUUUAUAUUCAUAAUCCUAUCUUGUUAUUCACGAAGUAUGGACUAAUGUUACAUAUUUUAACUUACAAGUAUUAUUCUCACAUAGAAGUCACAUGACCGUGAUAUGCCAUUCACAUUUAAAGACGUCUUUCUCAAGAAAUUAGUGAUGAUAUGAAAUUAGUGAUAUUGACUAAAUAUAUGAUACAGUUUUGGGGUUUUCUCUUCUUUAACGUGACAGGUCAUUUAAUGCAAUUUUACAUACAUCUAUAAAUAUAUCAAUCUUGUAUUGUUCAUAUCAGUCGAUUGAGCCGCGCCAUGACAAAGCCAACAUAAUGGGUUUGCGACCAGCAUUGAUCCAGACCAGCCUGCGCAUCCGCGCAGUCUGAUCAGGAUCCAUGCUGUUCGCUUAAAUACUCUAUAACAAAUAGAGAAACUGAUAGCAAACAGCAUCGAUUCUGAUCAGACUGCGCAGGCUGGUUUGGAUCCAUGCUGGUUGCAAACCCAUUAUGGUGGUUUUGUCAUGACGCGGCUCAUAUCAAUCUUGUAUUGUUCAUAACAAUUGGUUGAUUACAAGUUUAACACUGUGAUUUGCAAUUGUCUCUUUGAAAAAAUUCUAUUGGUUCAUACAAAGUCACGUGAUUAGUUAUAAGUCAAGUAUCAUUAAUUAAAUAAAGUUAAUGACGAUUUUUUUUCUUAUUUGAUAUUUCACUGAAAAGUUUAUUAUGUAUAUUAAUUUCAAUAGAUUGUUUCUUUGGCUUUCAUAUAUUCAGAACUCUUUAAAAUGACUUUCUUUUAAUGGAAGAUUUGUUGUUGUUGUUUUCCGUACCACCGAUGACGGUUAGAUACACCAGGAUAAAGAUUGAUGUGUUGUUAUUUUAACUGAUCUGUUUUGUAUAUAAGUAUAAUUAUAAUAAUAAUUAGAUAUAAAGGCCCCAAGGAAGAAAAGUUUUUUUUAAUACUUAUUGGGUCACCUUUAUAAUCAGAGAGUGUUGUCUCCUUUUCUUCUUUUGUAUACAUAUAGAAUGUACUUAAUUCAAAUAAAAUCUGGAAUCAAUUCUG